GUGUGUGUGUGUGUGUGUGGGUGUGCGUGUUAAAAGCUUUAGAUGUUGCUUUAGCAGGGGGCCACAGUGAAGGGCUUUCUCUGUCAGAUCAGCUGCCCUGAGCUCAGUUUCUAAUCCGUGGCUGCAACAAUCUGCUCUGUCCUCCUAAAACGGCACUCAGAAGCCUGUUUGCUAUAAUAACUAGCAAUGGUAACCAUUUGUGGCAGACGCCACAACUGGUUACCAUUUUAAAUUAGUUGUUAGAAAUUCAGGAUAAUAGCUAUAUAUGUCAUAUUUUUGAAUUUUUAUCUCAAAAAAAAUCCAGAAUCACAGGGGAAUGAGUGGCGCAUUGUGCUCUAUAUUCUUAGUAAAGGUAGAUGACAAAAAAUGGGAAAGACAGUGUUGGAAUUAGACAAACUGCAGGGAUGGACAAGCAACGGUCAGCAUUCGGUAUAUUAUUCAGGGUUUUGUUGCUGCUGGGUGGGUUGGCUGGCACACAACAAAUGUACAAGAAGUGUUUACAGUCUGUAGCAACUUUAGUUUUCCUUCAAUUGAUUAUGAUAGAAAUGCCCCCUUGGAAUCAAAACAGACUAAUAUUUUUUUCUAUUUAACACCAAUGUUAAGUGAGGAAUGUCUUUAAGAUGACAAAUAUUGAUUUUAAAGUCUGCAAAAAAAGACAAGAGUGGUAUCCUAUGGGAUGGAGAAUGUGGUCAUUUUUGUUUAACGGUGCCUUGAGGGUUAGUAUAUACAGCCAGUCGGCUGAUUGAAUCAAUUCAUGGUGGGAUUUAAGACCACCGAAACAUCACCUAAAUACGCCCCUGAAAGACUUUUGUAUACUGCGCCAAUAGCUUAAUGUGGACAUGGCAUUUUGUUGCCUGAAAAACAACAUUUAUUGCACUGUUAAGUGGAAGUUAGCGAGCCAGGCAGAGUAGAUCCCAGUUGUCCUGCUGGAAGCAUAGACAGAAAAUCAAAAUAUAUAUAAGACAAAUGCAGUCAGCAAGACAUCACCAACUGGUUUGAGGACGGACGUCAAACCGCAAAGUUUUGGAAAUCUUUUGAAACCAGACAUAAUGAGCAAGUGGUGGAUCUGACAGGAGCAAUUCUAUUACGACAGACUAAUGUACGAAGUCACAGAAAUAAUGUAUGGACUGUUCAAAUUACAGACAGGACUAAGCAAUGGCUAAUGCUUGUAGCAAAUGAGGUACGUAAAUAAAUUACCUGAUAGAUAGAUAGAUAGAUAGAUAGAUAGAUAGAUAGAUAGAUAGAUAGAUAGAUAGAUAGAUAGAUAGAUAGAUAGAUAGAUAGAUAGAUAGAUAGAUAGAUAGAUAGAUAUUUGUCAAUUAGUGCACUCAGAAUCCUGACAAUGUAAUGUACAAGAGUGAACGGUCUUAAACCCAUUCUAUUUAUGUUAAAACAUGGACCACCUUCUUGCAGUCUAGGAACAUACGCUGCAAGUGGACAAAGUUCUCACCUGAUGUCAUCAUCAAAGACAACUGGGCCUAAACAUUGAGUUAGGUGCUUUUAAAUUGGACUUACAACUCGACUGGAAAGCUUACAUGCAACCUUUGCCAACAGGGGCUCCACUUAGUCAACAACAGUAGCCCAGUCUCAGAUUGAUGGAGGGCAUCGUGAGCACCUCGUACCAAAAAUUCACAACGUUUGAGAACACCAAUGCAAUGAAUAAUCCCAUUUAGACCGAAUUAAUACAAAUGUUGUACCAAAACUCAAUGAGAUUUACUGUAAAUUUAAAUACAAAAUAGAAUUUUAAGUAGUCGUGGUAAUAUAUGAAAAAGCCUUUUUCACAAAAUCAAAGAAACUUGGUACAGUCUGGGACCCUAAACAUUUUCCCAAAUGGAGCCAUCAGAAGCAUCUCAUGGCAACCAUGGCAGCCAUUUUACUUUCUGCCAGAAUCUCAUUACAUACUUUGUAUCACAUCUCAUGAACCAAACACUAAAACACAGAAAGAUUGAUGUCUGCACAUACAUUUUGAUGGUCAGGGAUUUCAAUGAUACCAAAUACAUGCAUCGUAACCUGUUUAGGUGACAAGUUACCAGUGAAUUCAGAGAAAUCACAGUAUCUGAAAACUUAAGAUUUCAUAAUAUUAUGGCUGUGGCAUUCUCGUUGUGUAGAGUUUUCAAAGCUUAAACCUAUUGUUCAAGAACCCUGUCAAUAUGGUGGCUGUAAAGAGAACAGUAAUAUUCAAUGUGACCUUCUUAGCUUCAAAUAAAUCUGUCAAACACAAAGACUUCUUUCUGCAGUGUGAUUAAUGCCUCUCAUGCACAGUAUAACUGCAUGCAUUUACUAAAGUUGACAGAGACACUGUAGGUGCACGGCAGCCUCUGCAACUACACUACAUGAAUCACUGUUUGCUCACACAAAGCAGGGGAAUGCUGCCCUUGCACCGAGUGGGUGGUUGUGUAAAACACUGUAUACAGCAGAAAUAAAAGUGAUAAGAUGCCAGGGUUUUAAAAAGUCACACCCACCAGGACGUUACCAGACACACUCCCACAAACUUCUAACAUGGCUGCGCGCCCACAUAUAAAGCGAUCCACAUAUAAAGGAAUGAAAAGCGAACAUAAUCCCAAUCAACCUCCCACCACACUCACACCAAAACCGAGUGAAGGAACAAAGUCAGAUAGUGAAGUGUGUGUGCUCAGCCGUGGCCGGGAACAUGAUGAUGUGUCUGUGUGUGUGUUGUGGGCUGCACAGUGGACAGAAUUAAGGUAAUUUCACGGCCUGGUGGUGCUGACUUGUAGCUGCUUGCGCUUCUUGUUGCUGCAGUACGACCACUGAAAUGUACACGUAGGUGGAAAUGCUGUUGUGAGAGCUGGAGACCACUUCAAAACCCAUAAUAAUAGCGCUGAUAUCAAGGUCUAAUACUAAUAUUUGGGGGGCUUAUGCUGUUCACAGAUGACGAUGAUGAUGUUUUUUUCAAAAUAGACCCUUUAAAUGACAUUCUGUUGGACAACAAAUGAAAGUAUUCAGGUUUUCUCCUGCAUUUUGUCUUGUUAUUCAGCAUACACUAAAAGCGUUUAGUCAGAUUACUACCUCUGCUGAUAAAAAUAAGAACGUAAACUGAUUAGCUAUAGAAUAAACAUAACCAAUCCAACUGUACAAUACUAACAGGACACACGUGAUGUGAUCGUUGAAGUAGUACCAGUAUUGUGGCGUUAGCUGUUUUAUUGUGAAAGGCCCAACAGGAUGUGCCCGUUGUUAUGUGCCGGAGCUUGUGUUGUAACGUGAAUGGCUUUGAACCAGACGCAUAUAAAAAGUGUUCUGAAGCUCUACAAAUGUGUCGCUUGAUUACCUAUGCCUAACAACACGACAUGGUGUCAGAAGUGGAGCGGCAGUAAGAGCGUCAGGGUGAGAAAAGGAGCAGUUCUCGGAGCGAAAAAGUGACUUUUCUUUUCGGGACUGAAAGAUGUCGCAAGGAGAAGCGGGAGCUAGCGCGGAAGCGGUGCGGCCUCGCUCGCCCCAGCAACAGGUAAACAGCAGAGAUAAUUCCAAUCCACCCCCGAACGCCACAUUCACCAUUCAGCCUCCCGAGCCGUUUGAUUUCGCUAAGCCACAACAAUGGGAAAAGUGGAUACGGAGAUUUGAACGAUUCAGACAAGCUAGCAACUUGCAUCUUAGCUCAGAGGCUAACCAAGUAAACACGCUCAUCUACUGUAUGGGGGAUGAAGGGGAUGACAUCCUUCGAGGUCAAGCUUUAUCAGAAGUGCAGAGACAUCAGUACCAAGCAGUAAGAGACACCUUAGACGCAUACUGUGUGCCAAGGAAAAACAUAAUCUACGAGAGAGCCCGGUUUAACCAGAGAGUGCAGCAAGUUGAUGAAACUGUUGACUCCUUUGUCACCGCGCUUUAUGCUUUGGCUGUAAACUGCAACUAUGGAGCUCUGCACGAUGAACUGAUAAGAGAUCGUCUCGUCGUAGGACUCGGGGACACCAGCUUAGCUGAGAGACUGCAAAUGGACAAGGAUUUGACGCUGGAGAAAGCAAUAAAUCAAGCCCGGCAGUCAGAAGUCAUAAAAAGACAACAAACCAACAUCAGAGGGGAAAAUAAAGUGGAAAUUGAUGCUGUAACGAUGAAAUUCAAGAAAAAGCCAGCAUUCAAGUCCCCAGGUCAACCCAAACAAGUAACAAAGACCAAAACAACAAACGAGAAAUCCUGCUACAGAUGUGGAAAAACCCCUGCGCAUGGAAAAGGACAGUGCCCAGCAAAGGACGUGACUUGUCGUUCAUGUGGAAAAAGAGGACAUUACAGUAAAGUGUGUAAAUCUGUAAAGUCAGUGCAUGUGAUUGAAACUGAGAAAUGUGUCACUCCUAUGUUUUUAGGUUCUGUAGAUGCAGGUUCAGAUCCUUGGUAUGCAGACCUUAUGAUCAGAAACCACAAAGUCAGAUUUAAGAUAGACACAGGAGCGGAUGUUUCUGUUAUCCCGGCCCAGAUGUACUACUGUAUAAACCAAAAUGAGACAGGGUUAUGUAAACCAAAUAGACCAUUGUUUGGACCAGGUGGUACUCCACUCAAUGUGUUGGGUAUGAGCAAGGAAACAUUGUGCAAAGGGGAACAAGAAAUACAAGAGGAUAUGUAUGUGAUCAAAGAUUUGCACAUUGCGCUGUUAAGCAGACCAGCUAGUGUCAAGCUAAAUCUUGUGUCUAGAGCAGAUAGCAUAGACUUGAAAAUGCUAAAUGAGAGUUACCCAAAGUUGUGUCAGGGAUUGGGUUUAAUGCAACAACCUUACACUAUUAAGUUGAAGCCUAAUGCUGUGCCUUUUUCCCUGGCCACUCCAAGGCGGGUCCCCAUUCCUUUACUAGGAAAAGUGAAAAAGGAACUGGAAAGAAUGGAAUCCAUGGGAGUAAUCAGCAGAGUUGAAGAGCCAACUGAAUGGUGCUCAGGGAUGGUUCCAGUGCCAACCAAAAAUGACUCUGUGCGUAUUUGUGUUGACCUAACUCACCUCAACGAAGCAGUGUGCAGAGAAAAGUACAUCCUGCCCUCAGUUGAACAGACACUUGGAUCCCUGUUCGGGGCAAAAGUCUUUAGUAAGUUGGAUGCAAACAGAGGCUUUUGGCAGGUUCCAUUGUCACCAGAGUCAGCACACUACACAACAUUCAUUACUCCUUUCGGACGCUACCACUUCAAUAGACUUCCUUUUGGAAUAGCCUCAGCCCCAGAGCAUUUUCAGCGGAAAAUGUCAGUGAUUCUAAACGGGUUGCCAGGCGUGGUUUGUCAUAUGGAUGACAUCCUCAUUUGGGGACAGGACCAGCAAGAGCACAACACGAGACUUCACACUGUGCUAAACAAACUACAAGAGGCCGGAUUAAACAUGGAAAAAUGUGAACUGAGCAAGCAAGAGGUAAAGUUCCUCAGACACGUUUUGUCUGCGGAGGGAGUCCAACCUGACCCGGACAAAAUCAGAGCUGUCAAAGAAAUGAAAGAGCCGUCAAACGUUAGUGAAGUAUGCAGCUUUUUAGGGAUGGUCAACCAGUUAGGUAAAUUCAUUCCCAGACUGGCUGAAAAGGACAAGCCCCUAAGAGACUUGCUGUCGAAGAAGAAUCAGUGGGUUUGGAGUUGUGCGCAACAAAAAGCAUUUGAUCAGCUGAAAAGUGAGCUGACUCCAACACCUGUUCUCACACUCUAUGACCCAAACAAAGAACUGAAACUGUCAGCAGAUGCCUCAUCCUUUGGACUUGGAGCAGUCCUUUUUCAAAAAGAGGGUGAGCAGUGGAGACCGGUAGCAUAUGCGUCACGCUCUUUGACAGAGCAGAGGUAUGCACAGGUGGAGAAAGAGACGCUUGGACUAACGUGGGGAUGUGAAAGAUUCAAAGACUUUCUCAUCGGGAGACACUUCUCAUUAGAGACUGACCACAAGCCACUUGUCAGCCUGCUAGGACAUCAAGCCCUGACUGAGCUUCCACCCAGGAUCCAGCGGUUCAGACUCAGGCUCAUGAGGUACAGUUACUCAAUCUCACACACUCCAGGCAAAGCACUCUUCACAGCGGACACACUGUCACGCGCACCGGUCAGUCAAGAGUCGGAUUCUCAGGCUACAGCAGAACUACUGGCCGACACAAACAUUUAUGUGGAUGAAAUAAUCAAAAGUCUGCCUGCAAGCUCGAUGUACAUCACACAACUGAAAGAGCAGCUAAAAACAGAUAGCAUAUGUUCAGAAGUCAUGUCAUUUUGUCAAAGAGGCUGGCCAGAUUACAGCCGACUCACAGGCCCUAUCAAAGUAAUUUGGCCAUACAGAGACAAUCUAACCGUACAUGAUGGACUGCUACUGAAAGACACCAGGCUAGUUAUCCCUGCCACUAUGCGCGACUCUGUCCUCGUAGCAUUGCAUGAGGGACACCAGGGAAUGUCUAGAUGCAGAGAGAGAGCUAGACAAACAGUGUGGUGGCCUGGUCUGAGUGGACAAAUCAAUGAUCUUGUGAAAAACUGCACUAUAUGCAUUAAAGAACGUGCCAACCCAGUGGAGCCGUUAAUGCCCAGUGAGUUUCCAGAGAGGCCAUGGCAAAAAGUUGGAGCAGAUCUUUUUACAUUGAACAACAGCAACUAUGUUCUACUUGUGGACUACUACUCAAGAUUCGUGGAGAUGGCAAAACUGACUCCCACAAGAUCAGAGGACGUUAUAGUACACUUAAAGUCAAUAUUUUCCAGACACGGCAUUCCUGAGAUUUUCUACAGCGACAAUGGACCUCAGUUCUCAAGCCAGCAGUUUAAAGAUUUUGCCGCAACCUACGGAUUCACACACAUAACCAGCAGUCCAAGGUUUGCACGGAGCAAUGGUGAGGCUGAGCGUCAUGUCCAAACUGUGAAAAGACUUGAAGAAAGCAAAAGACCCAUAUCUCGCACUUUUAGCAUACAGAGCGACCCCAUUGGCUAAUGGCUAUAGCCCAGCUCAGUUACUAAUGGGACGGAGAAUUCGCACGCCAAUACCGCAGCUUCCUUCAUUGCUCAAUCCCAGCCUGCCAAACAAGACUUCAGUGGAGACGAGAGAGAGAGAGGAGGAUGAAGGACAGUACAGCAUUCAACAGGAGACAUCGCGUGAGAGACCUUCCUCAACUUUCACCAGGACAACCAGUGUGGAUCACGGAUACAAAGUGUGAAGGGACUGUCAUCUCAUCUCACUCCACACCACGUUCAUAUGUAGUGGAGAGCCCUUCAGGAGCCAUCAGGAGAAACAGGCAUCACCUCCAACCAUUGCCUGAAAGCACAUCAGAAAUUCAAAUGCCAAGUACACCUGUAAGACCACCAGAGGGCGUCUUACCCACACCCAAAAGUUCUGAGACUACAUCUCAGACCCCAAAGACAGCAACACCAGGUGCUGUCAAAACAAGGUUUGGCCGAGUUGUUGUGAAACCUCAAAGACUGGACUUGUAACAAAAGAAAGGUUAACUAAAAGAGAAAAGCUCGGAGAUAGACAGAGAAAAAAAAAAGUGUUUUUCAGAUAUGCAGUAAAAUGUUUAUUUUUAGUCUGCAUUGUUUUCAAGAAAGGGGGAUGUGGUGUUAGCUGUUUUAUUGUGAAAGGCCCAACAGGAAGUGCCCGUUAUGUGCCGGAGCUUGUGUUGUAAUGUGAAUGGCUUUGAACCAGACGCAUAUAAAGUGUUCUGAAGCUCUACAAAUGUGUCGCUUGAUUACCUAUGCCUAACAACACGACACAGCUCCUGUAAUCAAUGUAACCCCAGCACACAGUGUGACAGAUGAUACCUCCUCAACACUGUUCCCUCUAAGAAGCGCGCGUGCGCACUGCUGACACGGAUUCCGCGCACACAAAAUCUGCGCUGCGCACAAAAAAAAAAUCCAACCUAAAUUGUAAAUAAAAUAAACACGUAGCAAUUCAUUCUGUGCUAUUUUUCAAUGUGAGUCAGUGAGUGACCGGUGACUGGCUGCUGCAGCCAAUGAUGCGAUUCACAUACGUAUUUACCAUAGACUGUAUAUAAUGGUAUUUACGCAGCUAAUCAAUGUCAGGCGUCCUUAUGUGCAGCCACCGUUGUUCUCAUAGAUAUGAAUGAGUAGAUAGGACACGCCCCUUUGAGCUGCGUCUACAGCGAGGCUAAGCUAGUGGGGGCAAAGUUUCAGUGCAUUCCGUUGAUGUAGACGGCGUGAAAACGGAAACAAGUAUGCCGGCUCACUGUGCUGCAUACAAUUGCACACUGCGUCGUACGAUUGAGACAAGGAAACUUGGAAUGACUUUUCAUAGGUUUCCCAGAGACUAUGGGUUGAGGAGGAAUUGGAAGUUUGUCGGCUUAGACCUGGUGUCAUUCCAUCAGUGUUAAACUUCCCGGCUCAUCUUGGAAGAGUACGUGCCAGGAAGAGUACGUGCCAGAAAGACCACGACCAAGCAGCCUUGAGAUCUUAGGCAGCGUCUCCCUCAGGUCCCUCUCUAUCUCCCCACACAUCCACCAACCACUGGAACACAUCUCCAAAGUUCUGCCAGGCCAGCUCAGCUUCCCUUCAGAAGAAGUGCUGCCAGAUGAAGGAGCCUUUUGAGAGGCAGCUGGCAUCGUGAUUGGACUGUACUUUGGUCUGUUCCAAUCCAGCUUCAGCUCCAGAGACGGCAGGCGGGACGAGUCAACAGAGGCCGGAUGGACGAAGGCAUGCAGCUGAGUACAAUCCAGAAAACAACAGAGGAGGAGUGCAGUGGUCCAGGGCCAGAACAACCACAGUAGCAUCGUAUGUCUCUUAGAAAACAUCAUAGUAGAGCCUUUGGGAUGAAAAAACGCCAUCAUAUACAUCGUAUAUUGUACAAAUAACAAGUCAAAGGAAAGAGACAUACAUUGUAGAAUUGUAGUAAUUCUGGGCUGACUGGUUUACUGAUUAUCAGUAUUUUGUUUUUUACCGAUUUACGGUAAUAAAUCAAUUUUAAAAAGGCGCUACUUUGGCUCUGAACCUUGAUCUACCUGUGGUCGCUCUGUCUUCUGGAGUGAUUUGAUUGGUUAUACGUCAUGAAUAAAACUCCUUUAACUUAACAUCUGUAAACAAAACAAAAACGUAUCAACAAAGUUUUCUGUUAAAGUUUGUGUUCUUGUAAGUUUAACUCCCAAGAUUAUAAAUACUUUCAUUUACUGCAAAUGAAUAUCCAAAUGAAUAUACUCUAAAUGUUUCACUAAUAAUCAUUAUCAGCCUUAAAACCCACAAAACACCCCUCUAUACUCGACCACACUUAGUACAGUCCGGUUCCCCCUUCUAUAAAUCUGCUUGUAAUCUUCCACUUCCUGUUUGUCAAAGUGGCCUUCUACCUGGACAGGAUUUGUUGGAGCUCAUGCAACAAACAUUUUGGGUAACUGCACUUUAAUAUGGAUGGAUGACACUGAAUUCGAGUCUGUUUUAAUGAGACUGAGUUAAGAUGUGUAGCUCUGUCAUUAAAUAGGAAAUUAUUUCUCAGAAUUUACAGAGAAAAGUCUGAAAUGUUUGCUAGGUUAGCGUCCCACAUGUUCUUUGGCUCAGCUAAAGCUAACUCUCUCCAACUUCGGAUCUCUUGAGUUGCUUGUUGUUAAAAUAUCUUGCUAGAUUUGCUGAAGCUCAGAAAGUCUGAGAUGUUGGUUCAGAAUAAGCUCAUUCUCAAGUCUUACCUGAACUGUCUUCUUUUGUUUUAACUUUCCCUAAAUUUAGGAGUUAAUGAAAGAGCAGCACAUCCAGACUCGGUCUCAUUUAUGUAGAGAUUAAACUUCAGUGUCAUUCAUUGAUGUUAAAGUGCAGUUUUUCAAAUGUUUGUUGCACAUGCUCCCGACCAAACCAGUCCAGGUGGGAGACGAUGUGAAGAGAAAGCUCCAGAGGAUGAAUAUCACACAUUUACGUUGGAAAUAAAUGUCCUUUAAUUUGA